CAGUAUAUUUCGAUUAUUCAAGGCAAGGCUUAAUUCAAGUUUUAAGUAUGAAUAAACCGAAAAAUAUUUUGGACUUAACUGUGGAUGAAAAAAAGGAGUUUUUAAAAUCUUUUGAUAUGGUUUUGAGUGAUUGUGAUGGAGUCCUCUGGCAUGGCAAAACUCCAAUUGAAAAUUCAGGAAAAGGAAUCAAUUUAUUACAAGCUGCAAACAAAAGAAUCGGCUAUAUCUCAAAUAAUAGUGGUAGAUCUGAUCAAGAAUACGAGGAAAUGUUUAGGGCAUGUGAUAUCAACUUUGAUUUGAAUAAUCUGUGCCACACUGUAAAAAAUAUUACUUCAUAUUUAAAACAUAAUAAAUUUGAGGGAAAAAUUUAUGCAAUUGGUUCAAAAUCAUUGCAUGAAGAGCUUAAAAGUGCUGGUUUUGAAGUAAUUGAGGAACCUAAUUACGCUGAGGAAGAGUCAUUUAUAGGUUUUUUACAAUACAUUUCGGUAAAAGAGAAAGUAUCUGCUGUAAUUUUGCAUGGCUAUUGGAAUGUUUCUGCAACGAAUUUAGUUAGAGCUCAAGUAUAUUUAUCUGAAAAUCCUGAAUGCCUUUUUAUAACAGGGGCAUCAGAUAUGUUUCUUAAAUUUCGUGAUAAAAAUAUUUUAGGUCCAGGAAUGUUUACAAAGAUGUUAGCAGACUGUACAAAUCAAAAACCGAUAGUUUUAAGUAAACCGGGAAUAGAUUUAUGCGACAUUGUAUUAAAGAAAUUCAAUAUAAAUGAUCCUAAACGUGUUGUUAUGAUUGGAGAUAUGUUAGAUCAAGAUAUAGCGUUUGGGAAAAUAUGUAAGUUUCAAACAUUAGCUGUUCUAACUGGUGGUGCGACAUUAGAAGAUUUUGAUAAAGCAGAACAUAGAAAGGUUCUACCAGAUUUCUAUGCAAAUAGUUUAGGUGAUUUCAUACAAUUUUUUGAUGAACUGGAUUGCGAGAACGUUGAAAAAUAAAUUCUAUUCAUAUCGAAUAAUUUCGAUUUUUUAAAACAAUGUAAUAUUUACAAUGUAUAUUAUAAAAAUGUUAUUAAUAAAUUUGGUUUUGAGAAUAUUAAAA